UCCCUCCGGUCAAAGGUCCUAGAAACAAGUGAGUAGUGACAUAUGUCAUGUCAACUGACAAUAGCAAAUGUCAUUGUCAUUCGAAAAUUUAAAUCGAAUUUUCCAAUUUCCAUUUACAUUUUCCAAUGAUCGUCGAUCAUUCAUGGUUUUAAAAGAAAUUAAAUGCUCUUCAACUAUAUGUGAUUGUUUUUAGAAGUUUAGAACACGUUGCUUGUAAUUUGUUUAACUAAACUAAAGAUAGAAACUCAUCGAUAACCUAUAAAGGAUUUAGUUAUUAAAAAAAUUGCGGUAGUGUACAUAAAAUUUAGAAUGUAACAUCGCAGUUGAUAAUGCUGUAAUGUCGACCCGAAAGUGAAAAAUGAGAAUAGCAAGAAGAAAAAUUACUUUGAAUCAAUCGAAGAUUUGAGUUUCCAUGCAAUCAGCGGUACGGCGCGUCAGUGCGCGCGUGCGCGUGGCCCUGGCGCGCGCGCGCAGCUCGCCCGGCGCCGACGAGCAGAGCCCGCUGCGGCGCUUGCUGCGCGACGCCAGCGCGCACGCCGAGGCGGCCGGCGCGGGCGAGCUGCAGUGGGCCACGCAGCCGUACGCCAGCGCGCCCGCGGCGUGCGCCGACGCGCCCGCCGAGCGCUCGGAGCCGCGCGACGCCACGGUGCUGCUGUUCCCGGGCCAAGGCUCGCAGUACGUGGGCAUGGGACGGCGCCUGCGCGACGUGCCGGCCGCGCGCGAGCUGUACGACCUCGCCGCCAGCGUCGUCGGCUGGGACGUGUGGCGCGUGUGCACCGAGGGCCCCGCGGCGCUGCUGCACGAGCGCUGCCAGGUGUGCGUGCUGGUCACGGCGCUGGCGGCGCUGGAGCGCGCGCGCGACGAGCGGCCCGGCGCCGUGCAGCGCGCGCGCGCCGCCGCCGGCUUCUCGCUGGGCGAGAUCGCGGCGCUGGUGUUCGCGGGCGCGCUGCAACUGCCGCACGCGCUGCGCCUGGCCGAGCUGCGCGCCGCCGCCAUGGGCGCCGCGGCGCGCGAGCGGCCCGGCGGCAUGCUCACGCUGUGGCUGGCGCCCGACGCGCGGCUGGGCGCGCUGCUGGCGGAGGCGCGCGCGCGCGCGGCCGGCGCGGCGCUGCCCGAGCCCGUGUGCGAGGUGGCCGGCUACCUGUCGCCGGGCUGCAAGGUGGUGGCGGGCGACGAGGCGGCGCUGCGCGCGCUGGAGGCGCAAGCGCGCGCGUUCGGCGUGCGGCGCACGGCGCGCGUGGCCGUGGCGGGCGCGUUCCACUGCGCGCUGAUGGCGCGCGCGGAGGCGGCGGUGCGCGAGGCGCUGCGCGCGCUGCCGGUGGCGGCGCCGCGGCUGCGCGUGGUGUCGUGCGUGGACGCGCGCGCGGUGGCGGACGCGGCGGGCGCGCGGCGGCGGCUGGCGCGGCUGACGGCGGCGCCGCUGCGCUGGGAGCAGGCGCUGCACGCGCUGUACGCGCGGCCGCGCGGCGCGCCGCAGCCGCUGACGCUGGCGCUGGGCCCGGGCGGCGCGCUGCGCUCCACGCUGAAGCUGGUGAACGCGCGCGCGUGGGACGCGUCGCUGCAGGUGGACGCGUGACGGUAGACUCCGGUGCUGUUGUACUUUGAUCGUCUCUUUAGUGUAAACUAGUUAGUCAAAAACUAUAUUGAACAAUACAGAUUUAUAUCUCGAA